ACAUUAUGUUUUGAUACCAAGAAUAUGCUUUUGAAAUAUGUGCAUUGUAACACUAGCGAUAUAAAUUAAUUAAUACAUUAUUAAUGCCACUUUUCUUUGCAGACUUCGAAGAUGGAAAUUUUACGCUCUUAUUCGUAACACCCGAGGCAGUUGCCACCAAUGAGACCCUGCAAAACAGGGUAAAGAAAUUGGUGGAAAAGAAGCAGCUGAGUCUCGUCUGUAUAGACGAAGUACAUUGUUUGUCAACAUGGGGAAAGAGCUUCAGGAGGUCGUAUCGCCAACUGGGAACUCUCCAGAGUAUGGUUCCUGCAAAUGUCCCAUGGCUCCUGUUGUCGGCAACAAUAACGCCAAAGAUUAGAGAUGACAUACUUUCUGUUCUGUCAUUGAAACCGGAAUUCAUAUAUGCCUCCCCUGACCGCCCGAAUAUUUUCCUUCAUUUUAGUAACGCUUCAGUUGUAUCACAAACCCUGAACUGGCUUAUUGAUGAGCUAUUGGCAAAAAAGGAAAGGACAAGCAAAACAUUAGUGUAUGGUAAAACAAUAAACACUUGUACCAAAAUAUUUCUUGCCCUACAUUGCGCCUUAUCCUUAGACGUACAGAAAAUGAAGUUAAUAAGUCAAUUUUACGCAGACGACGAAGAAGAGGACAAGAUGAUUUUAUUAAAUAAGUUCAAGUCUCCUUCAAGUUCAGUUCGGGUAUUGGUCACAACGAAAGCGUUUGGCAUGGGCAUUCAAAUCGAUGAUGUCAUAAAUGUAAUUCACUGGGGACCAAGUAGCGAUGUGCUUUCAUAUUGGCAAGAAGUGGGCAGAUGUGGCAGGGGUUGCAAGCCUGGGAAUGCAUAUCUCUACUCGGCCCCCAGAUCUGCUCUGGCUUGUAAUACAAGUGAGGAUAUGAGGAAUAUGGUCAAGGAAUUGAAAAAAGGAAAUAAGUGUUUCAGAACUUUGAUUUUGAAUAGUUUUGUGUUACCCACACAGCUGGUUUACGCAAAGCCACCUUGCAACAAAAAAAAAACGCUGCGCAGAGUGCACAUGUGCUCUGUGCAGUUGCUGUUCAAUUUGCAAGGAUAAAUGUAAAUGCAGCAAAUGAAUUAUCUUGGUAUCCUCGUAAUAAAACAAUCAUUUAUUUCUUUUGUUUUGCUUUGCAUUUUCGUUUAGCAAAGAAUAGGUUGCAUGUAAUUAUAUUUUAAUGUAACAUAAUUGCAAAAAAAAUAAUGAGAAGUAACUAUUAGCAUAUUUUGGUUAUGUAUUAGACCUUGACAAAAAAGGCAACAUAUACUUUUGAGAGUUCAAUUGUUUUAUACAUAUUUACAACAAAUAUUACAGGAUAGUAAAUUUCUGGAUAAUUUGCAAAAUUAAUGCAUGUAAUCUUGUAUAGCAAUUGAAUGUACACUUUUAAAUAACAUUAAAAAUACAAAUGUAUUAAUAACUGAUAAUAAAUUAUAUGAAAACUUUAUUUAACUUUGAAAAGCAUCGUGUCGUCCUACAUUCAGGGCUAAGAAAACAGACACUAAACAAAAUUACUCGUCAUUUUACGUUAUUGGGAUCGAUAUUGCAAGAUUGUUUGAACAUGUAUUUAAAGGUGCUCACAGAGCUUGCCAUUCUCAAUGAUCUGUCCAACUGAUUCCAUGCUAUAAUUAAAGAAAUGAGGGGGCUAUGUUUAAAGCAUUCUGUUUUAUACUUUUGCACAGAAAGUACCCCUUCAACUGCCUGCCUUGUAUUAUGCUCAUGAAUGAGACUUACUAUGAUUAAACUUUCUUGUAAAUAGGAUGGCGCCAAAUGAUGUGUGCAUUUGUACAUCAUAUUAACAUGCUGAAAUUCAAAACUUUUCUCAAAUAGUGCUAAGUAUGUUUCAUUGUUUAUCUUUUCUUCAUAAUAAGUUCUAAUUUAUGCAAUUGCGUUAUUUAAAAAAUGCAAGACUAUAUCAUCGUCUUAUAACUUCCGGAGCCUAUGACCUACUUUAGGCUCCAUCAUAUUUUCUCCUUUAAACUUAGUGUUAAGUAUUAUUCUUUUCGUAUGUAUAAAUGCAUCCAAAACACAAAUAGAUUACAACAAUGUAACAUGCCAAAUGUAAUGAUGUAUUAUACAACAUGUGAAAUAUGAAAAUAAACUGAAACUGAACUAUCUGUGAAAUUUAAACAUUACAUUGUCGUAUUCAAAUUAUGCAAGGAAAUCCUUUUACCUUCUAGACUUUAACUGUCGGACACUAUAAAGUGACUGACUGACAUCUCUUUUUGUUUUUUGGUAAUAACAUACAUAAAUUGAGCUGUAACAGGUACAUAAGCAUUUGUCUACAUCAAUAACCCACGACUUGCAAUGGCCAAAAUUAAACCGAUUGUAUUUUUGUGCAGCUCAGAACGUACGACUAUUAUCAAUGUUUACAUAAUAGGGUACAAGUAGUUAGUUAUAUCCCAGUUGGGAAGAGUUCCUCUGUUGCUUUUAUUUAACAA